UCUAAUGGAGGAGAAAAAACAUCAUGUCAAAACUGGAGAAAAAACUCACUCACAGACUGAAAGUAUUUCUUUACUGAAAAGAAGAGACAAGAAAAGUUUCACCUGCACUCAGUGUGGAAAGAGUUUCACAUACAAACAGAGUCUCGAGAGACACAUGAGGAUCCACACUGGAGAGAAACCAUACACAUGUGAUCAGUGCGGGAAGAGUUUCAGACAAUCAGCAAACUUUAAGGAUCACAUGAACAUCCACACUGGAGAGAAACUGUAUGAAUGUGAUCAAUGCGGCAAAACAUUUUCGUGGGCUUCAAGCCUGAAGAAUCACCUGAAAGUUCAUUCAAAGGAGAAACCACAUUCAUGUUCUUUCUGUGGAAAGAGUUUUUCACUUCUGCAGAGUUUAAAAGUUCAUCAGAAGAUACACACUGGUGUGAGAGAUCAUAUGUGCUUUGAGUGUGAGAAGACUUUUAUUACAGCUAAAGAUUUGAAACGGCACGAGAGGAUCCACACUGGAGAGAAACCUUACACGUGUUCACACUGCGACAAGAGAUUCAGUCGGUCAGAACAUCUGAAAUCACACGAGAGGAUCCACACUGGAGAGAAACCAUAUCACUGCACUGCAUGCGGGAAGAGUUUCAGUCAUUCGUCUUCUCUACAGAGACAUAAAAUAAACAACCACAUUAAGUAGUUUAUCUUCAGGUCCACUGCUUUCAAGCUCUACAUCUCUUCCAUAUUAAUCUGUCAUUAGAAACAUCAUCUAAAUUAGUCACAGUGAAUAAAGUUCAUCUUCAAGACCAGCAGUUUCUGUGAGAUUCAGAUCAACUCAAAGAUGUAUUUCCUUCCCAAAGAACAAUAUCUAAAGUGUUAUUCUUAUAUACAACUUUGCUUCAUCAUACACAUUAUAUUAUUAUGCUUUAUUACGAGUUUAAUUUUAUGUUCAGAAUGUUCUUCUAAUGCAUGUAAAAGGUUUUUACAGGUUCAAAAUAUUCUUGUGCACGAAGCUGAAAAAUAAGCUAAUUUAUUUUUAAUGUAAUCUUCACUGUUUUAUAACAACAGUUUUACAAAAUGCAGGUGUGAGAUAUUCUGUCAUGUAGGUUUGCAUCUGAUCAUCCUCACUUUAAUUAACUUGAGAUGCUUUAUCUUGUUAGUCAAUAAAGAGAGAGAUCUGUCUUUUACUUUGUUUGCUUCAAGUAUCAAACUUUUAUUGUCUGCUUUUGUUGUCUGCUG